AUGCUCUUGCCAACGCCGUCGCCUUCGCUUGGUUCACUCAAUACGGUAUCGGCUGAAGACUUCCGACUGUAUCCCAGUUUGUCUGACUGGUCGUCCCAUCUUGACCCACUGGACAAGCAGAUCCUGGACCGCUAUACGAAGUUCUUCUCGACAACUUACCCAACCUGCAAAGAUGCCUCUAACCCUUUUCUCAAAGUUCUGAUACCACUGGCGAUGAGACAUCGAACUGUUCUCGAUGCCAUGCUUGCCCUCAGUUGUGUUCAGAGCUGGGAGAACGGACAAUUCACAAUGCGUGCUACCAUGCUACGGUAUAGAGCCAAGGCAAUUAGAGGAUGCAGCGACCUCGUCAAGAAAGUCAUGUCAAACCCAGAGGCCCGUGAAGACGCAUUCAGCCAAGGCCAGAAUACCUUGAUUCCAGUCAUCACCCCACGAACCACGGAGAUCGUUGAAAACGAUGAUAUCAUCCCGCUACUGGCAACAUCCGUUCUACUUAUGCUCUAUGAGAAACUCCACGGAGAGGGUAAAGAAAACGGAACAAGCCACUUGCAGCUAUUCGCUCAGCUCUUCCCGUCCCAGCUCUUCAGCAACAUUUUGGACAGACUUACGCAAACUUCCAAGACGGGUUAUCAGACCGACGCGAUGCUUUUUCUUUCCAAUUCAUUCCUAUAUAAUGAUCUUGUACGGUCUACGUCACUGCGAACCACGACGUUAUCAACAUUCUACUAUGAGAGACCAUCAUCACCCACAAUAUCGCAUCGAUUUUAUUUCCCCACUAUCAUAGCUCGCAUAGGCGCCAAUGAUAUGUUAGUAUCAGAUGCCGAUAUAAUUGCCUGGGACGGAACGCUCAGUUGGCUACCGAGUCUGGCCCUUCAAUUCUCAGGUCAGAGCGAACAAACCGACUUGCGACUACUUUUAGACUCAAGUUUGAUAUAUGGCCCCACCUUUCAAAAGCUCGAGGCCUUCGUGUGUAUUAACACAUGGAGCGAAGAGAAGCUGAUUUCUGAGCUCUACAGAGUGGCAGCUCUGGUCUACAGAAGACAGCAGCAGCCAGAUAAGUCCUCUUCUGCCAUGGGCAGCCUCCCAGGAUGGGCCAUGGAAAUUUUACGUCUCAUCCCGCCGAGCUCACCGUAUGGGACAGCUCUUCUCUGGCCAAUCGCCCUUGUUGGCCCGGCAUUAACCGAUUUGGAACACCGAGAAUACGUAUUUAGUCGUCUGCAGAUGUUGGAGCGGCAGUGCAAGAUAAAGACGUAUGCUAAUAUCGCUGAGCAUUUGGUCAACCAAUGGGGAUGUCAUGAUAAUGGCAGCCAUUAUAAAAGUCAGUUAGCGUAUUUGUUCGGAUAA